AGUUAAUCAAACACAAAAAACCAGACAGGAGUUAGAGAAGAUGGUUGAGGAUUCUAAGUUUAAACUUGAUGGGGACAAAAAGAAUCAUAUAAAAAAACUUUUUGAGGGGCAAGAAGAAAAUGAUAAUUCCGGAUUGGAAGAUAUUAAGUAUCUUUUGGGUAGAAAAUUGGAUAAUAAAGAAAUACAAGAACUUCUCAAUAAGAAAACCGAGCUCGUUAAAAUGGAACAAGAGUUAGCUUUAAAAAUUCUAAAAAUAGCAAACCCGGAACAAAAAAGAAUUUUCAAAUGAACAGUAAGAAAGAUCGAU